ACGCGCCCCUUCGCUCCCCUGCGCGCUCUACUCACCGCCCGCCACGCACGCCGCCGCCGUCCGCUCCGUCCCCGUCCCCGUCCCCGUCCCCGUCCCAGCGCAGGCAGCCGCCGUCUCCCUCCCCUUCUCAGUAAAAAUGGUGGGACGUUCAAGUGAAGAAGCCCUGGCCCAUGAUGAAGCCAUCAUGGAUGAUGUUGAUUCCGAUGUGGAAGAAUCGGACUCGGAAGAUGAUUCAGGGGAAGAAGCUCAGGCUAAGCCUUCAGACAAAGCUAUAUACAAUAAGGAGGCCAUUCUUGAAAAGCUUGAAGACAUAGCCUGGCCCAAGAAUGUGGACUGGAUGCACAAGCUCACCAUUGAACAUGAUCAGGGGGAGAAAGUUGAUGUGAAUGAUGAUCUUGCCCGUGAACUUGCGUUUUACACCCAAGCUUUGGAUGGCACAAGGCAGGCGUUUGACAAGCUGCAGUCAAUGAAGGUUCGGUUCCUCAGGCCAGCAGAUUACUAUGCUGAGAUGGUCAAGACUGACGCCCACAUGCACAAGAUCAAGGGGAGAUUGUUGUCAGAGAAGAGGAGGAUCGAGGAGGCUGAGGAAAGGAAGAAGGCUAGAGAUGCCAAAAAGAUAGCAAAGGAGGUGCAGGCAGAGAAGAACAAGCAGCGGGCUAAGGAGAAGAAGGAGCAGAUUGAGUCAGUCAAGAAGUGGAGGAAGCAGAGGCAACAGGGGGGAUUCGCCAAGGGAAAUGAUGAUGUGCCAGACCUGAACUUUGAGGGAGAAGAAGGAUUUAAACAAUCAAAGAAAAAGAGGCCUGGGGUUUCUCCUAGUGAUAGGUCUGGUGGUCUUGCUAAGAGAGGUAAAGAAGGAAAUAACAGGAGGUCAAGAGAUGCCAAGUUUGGGCAUGGUGGUCGUAAAGGGCUGAAGAAGCAAAACACUGCUGAGACCACGAAUGAUUUCAGAAGCUUUAACAAGGGGGGUGAGUCUCAAAACAAGAAGAGAAAGAGAUCUUGAUGCAAUAUUGUAACAAUUUGUGCUCAGUCCCUUUUGCCGUUAUUACUAUUCUUGUUGCAACUUUGCUAUGGUGCGUUGUUACCAGAAGCAAAACUUAGCUGAAAGAUUAGCCUAGGGAAGCAAUCCAAACACAAGACUUAAUGCUUUACUUUUUCUGGUGGUGGUCUUCUUUUGUUGUGGAAUGCAGAUGAAUCUUACCAACAAUGAAAUUAUCUUAAGUCCUGUACAAGCUGCUGCUGUUCUUCCU